AUUUGCAUAAAUCUAGUCUAGGCGGACGCUAUAAAAGCCAAGUGUCGAAAAGUGUUGUGAAUAAAAUGUUACCCGCAGUUGUUGUCGACUCGACGCGUGCCUUUGCCUAUCAAUGGAUUAUUUGGCGCAUCUUUGGCCUGCAUCCACCCGAGGGGAAUACGUUUUGGGCCCAACACUAUCAGGCCUAUGGCAUUAUCAUCAAUUUAAUUACGAACGUGCAUGUGCCAAUGUCCUUCUACAUUGAGUGUCUGUUGAGCAGCAAUCUAACCGAAUUCUGUGAAAGUUUCUAUUUGACUUCUGUGGUUCUGGUUGAACAAGUCAAGUAUUUCAAUGUUUGGCGCAUACGCGGCCAGUUGAAGCGAUUCCAUCAGAUACUCCAUCACCUGGAUGGCCGGUUGCAGCAUCAAAGCGAGCGCGACAUUGUCGAACAGCAUAUUGAACUGGUGACACGCAUUUUUCUGGGUCUCUUUCGUUGGUUUGUCAUCAUUCUCACCUCGUCCAUGCUGUUUGUGGCCUGCACAGCCGAGCAGGAGUUGGCGUUUCCCACUUGGUAUCCAUGGGAUUGGCAGCGUUCGAAUCGUGUGUAUUUGUUCACCGUCAUCUGGCAAACGUUAAGCCUCUAUUCGUUGGCUCUGAUGACGCUCAGCAAUGACACCUAUCCCAUGUCCUAUAUGACUAUGGUGGCGGGACACUAUCGAGCCUUGGCUCAACGCGUUUCGAUGAUCGGACAUGGUCGAGAGUCGCAGUCGCUGGCCUAUGAGCAACUCAUUGAUUGCAUUCGAGAUCAUCAGAUUAUUUUAUUGCAAUUUAUUUUUAGAUUGGUUUCCAUCAUACAGGAUACAAUGUCGUCGGUGUUCUUCUAUCAAUUUGCCUGCACAGCGUGUUCGAUUUGCACCUUUGCCUUUUACAUUUUCUUCGUUAAAGUUAGCUUCUCAAAGUUGCUUCAUUUGUUUUUCAUGUUCGUGGCCAUUGUCUUUGAGACAUUCAUCAUCUGCUAUGCCACCGAAGAUAUCGGUCUUGGUGCUGAGCAACUUUAUCAUGCCAUCUACGCUUGCAAUUGGUUGGAUCAGUCCAUCGAGUUUCGGCGCACUUUGCUCUUAAUGCUCAAUCGUGCACAGCGUUCGGUUACCAUUGUGGCUGCCCAUUCGAUGCCUGUGCGUAUGACAACCUUUUUGGCGGUUAUCAAAACGGCUUAUUCAAUGUUCACGCUGCUAAACAAAAUAAAAUCGUAAAAUCGUCAACGCGUCUCAGUUGAAUUACACGAAAGUGGAGUGUGAACAUCAUCAUGCCUGCAAUCAAAUUGAAUGCUUGUUAAAGUCGACAACAUUCUCACUCACGCACAACACAGCAGCAGCUUUUCAUUAUUUAAAACAUGAAGCACGCAGAGCAAAAAUAUAUAAAAAAAAAAAAGAAACGGUCGACGGAGCGAAUGGUCACCAAUAUGGCCACUGACUGGCAGCAGCGUUCCGUAGCCGUGAAUAUGGCGUCGAGUGGUUUGGUUUGGUUUGAGAGGAGUGGA